UGUAAAGGCCACAGACAGGCUUCAGGUGUGUAGUCCUGUGCAGUCCUGCGCUGAACGAAGGCAACGCAACGAUCAUCAAAUAUCUGAAACGUGAUGGGAUCUUCAUGAAAGGGACUUUUAUUCGUGGAACGUGUUAAGGAGCACGCACGCUUUACUUUUAUUUAUGUUUUAACUUAUGGAGUGAUUCAGCACAACUUGGAAGUUUAACUUUUCUUCACUGUGACCUUGUUAUUUAUUCGCAAAAAUGGAUAUCGGAUUUUCCAGAUCUGCAGGGUUUAUACUUUUCAUUUGUAGUCUUUUAACUCUUGGCUCCAAUGGAGAGGUGCCUCCCAAACCAACCCGUAGUGUUACCAUUUUACCCCCAAUUAAACCAAUGGAUGGACCUCAGGCUUACCCUGAUGCAGAAAAGGCCAGUCUACCAGUGUUUACCAUGGACUACCCUAGAAUACAGAUCCCAUUUGAAGUGACAUUGUGGGUUCUAUUAGCUUCAUUUGCAAAGAUUGGUUUCCAUGUGUACCAUAAAAUCACAGUUUGGGUGCCAGAGUCCUGCCUGCUCAUCAGUAUCGGCCUCAUAGUUGGAGCCAUCAUGCACUCUGUCCAUGAGGAACCUCCUGCAGUUUUGACCAGUAAUGUCUUUUUCCUCUACAUGCUCCCUCCCAUUGUUCUGGACUCGGGCUACUUCAUGCCCACCAGGCCCUUCUUUGAGAACAUUGGAACGGUGCUGUGGUUUGCAGUGGUGGGUACACUAUGGAACAGCAUCGGAAUAGGGAUGUCUCUUUUUGCUGUAUGUCAGAUUGAAGCUUUUGGCGUUCAGGAUAUCAAUCUACAGGAGAACCUACUCUUUGCCACCAUAAUCUCUGCUGUGGAUCCAGUGGCUGUCCUGAACGUGUUUGAGGAUGUCUCUGUAAACGAGCAGCUUUACAUCGUAGUGUUUGGGGAGUGCCUCUUUAACGAUGCCGUCACUGUGGUCUUGUACAGCAUGUUCACCUUCGUGGCAGACAUGCCUGUGGUGGAACCAGUGGACGUGUUCCUCGGGGUUGCUCGGUUCUUCGUAGUAGGACUCGGGGGGAUGGCAUUCGGGGUCCUGUUUGGUUUUGUCUCUGCGUUUACCACAAGAUUCACCUCUAAAGUCCGAGAGAUCGAGCCCCUCUUUAUCUUCAUGUUCAGUUACCUGGCGUACCUGGUGGCUGAGCUGUUUGCUAUUUCUUCUAUCAUGGCGAUUGUGACUUGUGCCCUUACCAUGAAAUAUUACGUGGAGGAAAAUGUCUCUCAGCGUUCAUGCACGACCAUCCGCCAUGUUGUUAAGAUGUUGGGCUCCAUCUCGGAAACCCUCAUCUUCUUUUUCCUGGGUGUGGUUACCAUAACAACUGUGCAUGAGUGGAACUGGGGUUACAUCCUGUUCACUCUGCUGUUUGCCUUUGUCUGGAGGGGUCUAGGUGUGCUGGUGCUGACUCAGAUCAUUAACCCUUUCCGGACCAUCCCAUUCAACCUGAAGGAUCAGUUUGGUUUGGCUUAUGGUGGUCUCCGGGGGGCCAUUUCUUUUGCCUUGGCCUUCACUCUGCCUGACAACAUUGGGCGCAAGCAGCUCUUCAUCACAGCCACCAUCGCCGUCAUCCUCUUCACAGUGUUCCUGCAGGGAAUCAGUAUCCGACCUCUGAUUGAGUUCAUAAAUGUUCGGAAGACGAACCGCAAUCUUGAAACCAUCAACGUUGAAGUCCACUGUAGGCUCAUGGAGCACACUAUAGCUGGUAUUGAGGAUCUCUGUGGACAGUGGAGCCACUUCUACUGGAAAGACAAAUUUUUGAAGUUCAACAAUCGGAUCCUACGUAAAAUCCUCAUCCGGGACAGCCGCGCUGAGUCGAGUAUUGUGGCUUUAUAUAAAAAGCUUGAACUGCAAAACGCCAUGGAGAUUCUGGACACUGUGGCUGGGGACAUCAGUGCUGCUCCAUCCAUUGUGUCACUAUAUGAAGAAAAGAAGAAUCCAAAACCCAAGAUGUUUGUGGCCAGUGAUUUACGUAACAUGCAUGAUAUUCUGUCCAAGAACAUGUACAAGAUCAGACAACGGACUGUGGCCUUCACGAGUAAACAUGCUCUGCCAAAUGAUCGGCACACCAAAGAAAUCCUGAUACGGCGUCAUGCCAGUAUCCGGCGCAGUCUCAGACCUGGAAGCUUUCAGAGCUCUGCAGUGUCUAAAUCCCAAAAGUACUACUCUCUUCCUGCUGGACAGAACCUGGAGUCAAGAUUAUCUCCUCGGAGACUGACCCAGACGGAUGAUCGGGAAACCAUGUCCGAAGUUGCGUAUCCCAUAGCAAAUCGGCGGUCCAGGUCUAGUCAACCCACACGCUCCUCUUCCUCCAGAGCCAUGAUGCCUCUGCGCAGACUGGACACACUCACAGAGGCAGUUUCAGUUGACAUGUUAAAUGAAAACAAGGAGAACAAUGGCAGCAGGGCAGGUACGACUCGAUCAAACUCCUCCUCCAGUGACACACGACUACCUGGUCCUCGUCAGCAGCUCUCUCCCACCAGAGACGACAAUGGCCUUUCAGAUAACCUCAUAAAUGUGCAUCAUGAAGCAGAGGAGGAGCCCUCAGCCCCCUCCCCUCCUCCAGUCUGGGUCGCUGAACCCAGGGGCAAUGUCAACAGAAACCCUCUCCUCAGACGACCACUGUGGAACCCAAAGAGGACCUGAUGAUGUCCAUAGUGUUUCCCCUGCACACAAAUGAAACACUACCAACCGAUAAGUAUGGACUUGUAAAAUGCCAGAGGUGAUCGUAAAUUAGCAUUCAUUUUAAAGUUACUGUGAAUAUUUCUUACUUUUGUAAAUAUUUUUCAUGCAUUGUGUGACUGAAUUGUCUGAAAUUUCAAUUGUAUAUGUUUUUAUAUUUAUGCAGUGUGACUGUAUUUGUUAUUUUAACACAAAGAAAUUACAGUGGCAGGCCUCAAAAUGUCUCUUAUAACUGUAAUAAAUUUUUUAGUGUUGUUAAAUUGUUAAAACAAUGCAAAAGAAAUAUUCAGCACUGAGAGAGAAGUUCUAAGGUUAGAGGCAAUUCAAUGGUGUCACUGCCCAUAUAUAAAAGUUGGGGUUUGCAUAACCGGUAAGAUGGUCAAUAACUGCAGCUGCGUUAUAAUAAGAAAUGUACUGAGGUAUGUCCUACCACAGUUUCUUGUAAGAGUGGUUGGUAGAGGAUCUCAGAAAAUGUGCAAAAAUGCAUACAAAUGUUAUGAAUAAUGUACACAGGUU